AACUAUUUUGUAUAGUGAACGUGUAUUGACGUCAGACCUCCGAUAAGAACAAAAUAUCUUGUUGACGAGACGUGAUCGAGCACUUCGAAUUUUCAUAAGACAAAUAAAAGGGCAAGUUAAAACAGAAGCAUGGAACAGCAACCACCCUAUCCCCAACCAGGACAACACCCCCCUCCCCCAGGGGCAGGGGGAUACCCAGUGGAGCCACCCCCUCAAUAUGAGCCACCAAAAUCUCAAUACCCUCCCCCAGGAGGAUAUCCCCAGGGACAACCAGGGGGGUAUCCUCCUGCCCAAGGGGGCUAUCCCCAGGGCCAGCCAGGUUAUCAGCCUCCCCCUGGUCAACCAGGUGGGUACGGACCCCCUCCCCAAGGAGCAUAUCCCCAGCAAGGUGGUGGGUAUCCUGCAGGUUACAGCACCCAGACCACCACUGUUAUAGCCAGUCAACCCCCUACCACCACUGUGAUAGUGGCGCAAACCAGCUUUGGACCACGCUCCCGCUCUAUGCAGUGUCCCUACUGCCAGGCACAUAUCACUACGUCUGUCAACUAUCACUCUGGUGGACUGACCUGGCUCAUUGCUGGACUUAUCUGUAUCUUUGGUUGCUGGCUUGGUUGCUGUCUGAUCCCAUUCUGUAUUGAUGAUAUGCAGGACGCCACCCAUUCCUGCCCCAACUGCAACCGUACACUGGGCACCUAUCACAGGCUGUAGACAACAAGACCUACAGACAGCCAAAUACCAAAAGGAAAAUGGAAAUCCUUGUAGCCUUCUUGUAUAUGAUCUAAACAAAACCCCUCUGUGCUACUCAUCACCUGUCAGUUGCAUAUGCCAUAUGAUAUAAAGGAUUUAUAAAAUUAUCACUUUUAUGAAGCAGACCUUUGUGUUGUUUUUAAGUGACAAAGUGUAGGAUUUGAAACACACCUGAAAUACAUAAAUUACUUGUUGAACUUAUCAGAGGACAUGUUAUACUCUUUGGUCAUAUUUAGCAGAUAAAUGCAAUGAAUUAAUGUAAAAAAACAUUUAACACUUCAUGAUGAACCAAAAAUCCUACACUAUGAAACUUUUAAAUAUAAUAAAUCAAUCAAAAUUUUUCAUUUUCUACACCUAAUUUUUAAGCUAUGAAGGUGGAGUUAGGGAAAUGUUGUAAAAGGAGCAGUCUUCAUCCUGAAACCCAUAAAAAUGUGGGCAUGGGUAGAUUUCAGUUGUCAUACACCACUAUACUAUAAACAGUUAUCAUUUUUCAUCAGACUGAUUAGGGCUCCUGGGAAGUAAGCAGAAGCUUAUGUAAAUAUUUUCUGUAGAAUUUGAAAUGUUUAGAAUGAUUAUGACAUCUGUCCAUGGUGAUGAUAAGGAUCUAUAUAACUAUUUAAGAGUCUGUUGUACCUCCCUUCAUGUAAAUAUUAUAUUUAUAAUAUUAUAAUUAUUAUUAUGCAAGAGGCAAACUGAAAAAGGAAAGACAAGCUUGCUAGAAAGGAACAUCUUACUAAUAACUUGCAUAUGGCAUUUUGAAAAUUUAUUUGGUCAUCGAUAUGGGUCUGAUUUGCAAUGGUCUUGAUACAUUUACAGAGUCACUUGUAAUGCUUGUUCUAGAGGCUUUGUUUUUUUUUUGCUUACAUGCAGCUAUAAACCAAGAAAAUUAUGACAGGGCAAAACCAACUGGCAUUGCAUAGGUUUGAGAAAAAGGGGGUAAUAGAAACAUUCCAUUCCAGUUUUAAAGCUUUUACAAAAUUGUCACUAAGAGUAUUUAGAAUUGACAUUAAUAUUUACCCCUCCAGGAAAGUGCUGUUGCUGUAGUCUUUCAAUUUGUCAUUUGACAAAGAAUUAUCAUAAGCAAGGGGUCCGUGGUAAUUCGUUUUUAAACCAAGAUAAAAAUAUUUUUACAUGUCCUGUGGAAAAUCAUUUCAGCAUCGUAUUAUUACAAAUAGUGUUGUCAGGGCAGUUUGUGGGUGUGAAAAUGGAAGUUCAGUAGAAAAAAACUAUGGGUAAUAGACUUUGCCUUGAAAUUUUCUCUUGUAAUGUAAUAUAUGUUGUGGGCUGCAUGUUUUGGUUUCAUCAUUAAAUAGACUGCCUUUGACACACAUUUGUACAGGAUAGGCUGAAAGUGUCAUCAACUGUGUUAACAUUGUAUGUGGUCUAUCUAGACUGUUGUACAUGCAAAUCAAAUAAUAUAAAAAUUUAAUCAAAUAAUAAGUUAUUUGAUUAUUACUGUAGUAAAUAUAAGUAUGCUAUCCAAGAACUCUCUGGUGGAAGUACCUAGAUCUUAUCAGGUAGUGUUUUGGAACUUCCUGGUGUUGUCAUUUUUUAUGUACCUUCUCAGUUAUACAUUAUAUUGGUAUGGAUUGUAUUUUAAGAUUAAAUAAUUUACUGCACAUUGACUGAAACUUGGAGGCUAAUUAAAUUUUGUGAAAAUGGGCCACAUUUCCUUUAUAUAUUUUUUACAGAACAAUUGAAAUGAACAAAUUUGGAUUAAUGAUCUUUAGCAUUUGUUUACUUCUCAAUAUUAGUUAUUUGUAAAUGGAUUUUUAUUGACAUCAUUGUGUAGCUUUUAGAGGUUCCAAAAGUGCAACACAUAAGUGUGAAUGUUUUAUCUAUUCAUGUAUUUACUUAAAAAGAAAUAAUACUUAUAGAAUAAAUGAAUGUUUGAGCUAUUG